AUGCAGCACAGCGGCAUCCGUAUCCCGCCCUCUCCUUUCUCUGCUCCUCCUGCUUUCGUCACCCGGGAGAGCCGGAGGGGACUAAGUUCGGGUGGCAGCGCCGAGCGCAACGCAGGGGUCACGGCGACGGCGGCUGACGACUGGAAGGGUAGGCUUCCUUCACCGCUCGUCCUCCUUCCUCGCUCCGCUCGGUGUCAGGCGCGGCGGCGGCGCGGCGGGCGGACUUCGUCCCUCCUCCUGCUCCCCCCCACACCGGAGCGGGCACUCUUCGCUUCGCCAUCCCCCGACCCUUCACCUCGAGGACUGGGCGCCUCCUCCGGCGCAGCUGAGGGAGCGGGGGCCGGUCUCCUGCUCGGCUGUCGCGCCUCCAUGUCGGAUAAUCAGAGCUGGAACUCCUCGGGCUCGGAGGAGGACCCAGAGACGGAGUCUGGGCCGCCUGUGGAACGCUGCGGGGUCCUCAGUAAGUGGACAAACUACAUUCAUGGGUGGCAGGAUCGUUGGGUAGUUUUGAAAAAUAAUGCUCUGAGUUACUACAAAUCUGAAGACGAAACAGAGUAUGGCUGCAGAGGAUCCAUCUGUCUUAGCAAGGCUGUCAUCACACCUCACGAUUUUGAUGAAUGUCGAUUUGAUAUUAGUGUAAAUGAUAGUGUUUGGUAUCUUCGUGCUCAGGAUCCAGAUCAUAGACAGCAAUGGAUAGAUGCCAUUGAGCAGCACAAGACUGAAUCUGGAUAUGGAUCUGAAUCCAGCUUGCGUCGACAUGGCUCAAUGGUGUCCCUGGUGUCUGGAGCAAGUGGCUACUCUGCAACAUCCACCUCUUCAUUCAAGAAAGGCCACAGUUUACGUGAGAAGUUGGCUGAAAUGGAAACAUUUAGGGACAUCUUAUGUAGACAAGUUGACACGCUACAGAAGUACUUUGAUGCCUGUGCUGAUGCUGUCUCUAAGGAUGAACUUCAAAGGGAUAAAGUGGUAGAAGAUGAUGAAGAUGACUUUCCUACAACACGUUCUGAUGGUGACUUCUUGCAUAGUACCAACGGCAAUAAAGAAAAGUUAUUUCCACAUGUGACACCAAAAGGAAUUAAUGGUAUAGACUUUAAAGGGGAAGCGAUAACUUUUAAAGCAACUACUGCUGGAAUCCUUGCAACACUUUCUCAUUGUAUUGAACUAAUGGUUAAACGUGAGGACAGCUGGCAGAAGAGACUGGAUAAGGAAACUGAGAAGAAAAGAAGAACAGAGGAAGCAUAUAAAAAUGCAAUGACAGAACUUAAGAAAAAAUCCCACUUUGGAGGACCAGAUUACGAAGAAGGCCCUAACAGUUUGAUUAAUGAAGAAGAGUUCUUUGAUGCUGUUGAAGCUGCUCUUGACAGACAAGAUAAAAUAGAAGAACAGUCACAGAGUGAAAAGGUGAGAUUACAUUGGCCUACAUCCUUGCCAUCUGGAGAUGCCUUUUCUUCUGUGGGGACACACAGAUUUGUCCAAAAGCCCUAUAGUCGCUCUUCCUCCAUGUCUUCCAUUGAUCUAGUCAGUGCCUCUGAUGAUGUUCACAGAUUCAGCUCCCAGGUUGAAGAGAUGGUGCAGAACCACAUGACUUAUUCAUUACAGGAUGUAGGCGGAGAUGCCAAUUGGCAGUUGGUUGUAGAAGAAGGAGAAAUGAAGGUAUACAGAAGAGAAGUAGAAGAAAAUGGGAUUGUUCUGGAUCCUUUAAAAGCUACCCAUGCAGUUAAAGGCGUCACAGGACAUGAGGUCUGCAAUUAUUUCUGGAAUGUUGACGUUCGCAAUGACUGGGAAACAACUAUAGAAAACUUUCAUGUGGUGGAAACAUUAGCUGAUAAUGCAAUCAUCAUUUAUCAAACACACAAGAGGGUGUGGCCUGCUUCUCAGCGAGACGUAUUAUAUCUUUCUGUCAUUCGAAAGAUACCAGCCUUGACUGAAAAUGACCCUGAAACUUGGAUAGUUUGUAAUUUUUCUGUGGAUCAUGACAGUGCUCCUCUAAACAACCGAUGUGUCCGUGCCAAAAUAAAUGUUGCUAUGAUUUGUCAAACCUUGGUAAGCCCACCAGAGGGAAAUCAGGAAAUUAGCAGGGACAACAUUCUAUGCAAGAUUACAUAUGUAGCUAAUGUGAACCCUGGAGGAUGGGCACCAGCCUCAGUGUUAAGGGCAGUGGCAAAGCGAGAGUAUCCUAAAUUUCUAAAACGUUUUACUUCUUACGUCCAAGAAAAAACCGCAGGAAAGCCUAUUUUGUUCUAGUAUUAACAGGUACUAGAAGAUAUGUUUUACCUUUUUUUUUUAAACUUUAUUUGACUAAUACGACUCUGUCAAUACUAAAAUUUAGUUGUUGAAAGUAUUUGCUGUUUUUUUUGAUGUUCCCCUAUAGAGUAUUGUUUUGUUGGUUUUUGUUGUCGUUGUUGUUGUUUUAAACAGGGUCUUGCUCUGUUGCCUAAGCUGGAGUGCAGUGACACCAUCACGGCUCACUGCAACCUCGACCUCUGGCCUCAAGCAAUCCUGUCAUCUCAGCCUUCCCAGUAGCUGGGAGUCCCCACAGGCAUGUGCCACCAUGCUCAGCUGAUUUUUUAUUUUUUGUAGAGAUAGGGGUCUUGCUAUGUUACCCAAGCUGGUCUUGAACUCCUGGCCACAAACAAUCCUCCUGCAUCAGCCUCCCAAAGUGCUGGGAUUACAGACAUGAGCCACCGUGCCUGGCCUUGAGAAUUGUAGUUUAUAGUCUUUAAAACUUAAUUCUUUUAUUGUUUCCUUUUUCUUCUAAUGCUUAUGUAAAGAAAUUUUGAUAUUAUAGAACUGUAGAAUUGUAGAAGUGCAAACUUCCUGUAUUCUUUCCUUUCCUAGAAACUGUUAUUUUUGUUGUAUAUUCUCCCAGAUUUUUCUGUGUAUGUACUGACGUGUUUUUGAGUGUUAAAAUGUUUAUACUUACUAUUAUAACAAAAUUCUUGCUUUAUAACCUUUUUUCUCCACUUAACAAUGUAUCUUGACUAUCUUUAUGAGACAUGAGAUGUGCAAAACAUCUCAUUCUUUUAAUAUCUGUUACAUGCAUGUUGCAGAAUUUAUUAACUAGUCCCAUGUCAAUGUCUGAGUUGGUUCCAUAUUUUACUGUCAACCAGUACAGCACUGAACACCUUCAUGCAAAGAGGUAGAAUCUUUAACUUUAUUUUGGUGUUGUUGAGACAAAGUUUCUCUCUUGCUGCCCAGGCUGGAGUGCAGUGGCACAAUCUUGGCUCACUGCAAACUCUGCCUCCCAGGUUCAAGCGAUUCUCCUGCCCCAGCCUUCCGAGUAGCUGGGAUUACAGGCGUCCACCACCUCGCCCAGCCUAUUUUUGUAUUUUUAGUAGAGGCGGGGUUUCACCAUGUUGGCCAGGCUGGUCUCAAACUCCUUAUCUCAGGUGACCUGCUCUCCUGGGCCUCCCAAAAUGCUGGGUUUACAGGCGUGAGCCACUGUGCUCAGCCCAGAAUCUUUAACUUUUUAAAGUAAGUGAUACAUUAUCAUGAUUAAAAGUCAAAAGUGGCCAGGUGCAGUGGGUCACACCUGUAAUCGCAACACUUUUUGGGAGACUGAGGUGGGAGAAUGGCUUCAGGCCAGGAGUUCAAGUCUAGCCUGGAUAACAUAGCAAGAUUCCAUCUUGACAAAAAAACAAUUAGGCAUGGUGGCAUACAUGUAUAGUCCUAGUUACUUGGGAGGCUGAAGCAGGAAGAUUGCUUUGUCUGGGAGUUGGAGGCUGCAGUGAGCUGUGAUUACAUGACUGCACUCUAGCCUGGACAGGUAAUGCCUGUUAAAAAAAAAAAAAAAAAGUCAAAAGUGUGAAAAAGUUAUACAGUAAAAUUUACCCUGUCUUGCAUUCACCAUAUAGUAUUAACAUAUGCUAUUACUAGUUUCUUCUAGAAAGUUUUUAAUGCUUGAAUGAACAAAUACAAGUGUAUUUUCUACACACACGCACUUUUUUUGUUGUUAAAGAAUUAGCAGCAUACUAUAAACACUGUUCAACAUCUUAUAUUUGCAUUUAUUUUAUCUUGAAGGUCUCACAUAUUUGUAAGGAGCUUCCUCAUUUUGAUGGUUAUACAGUAUCCCGUUGUAUAGAUGUACAUGAUUCAUUUAAUCGGUUCUGCAUUGGUGAAUAUUACAGUUUCCAGUUUUGGCCAGAACAGUGUUAUAAUUGUAUCCAUAUGUCAUUUUGUACUUGCAAGUUUAUAUGUGGAAAAAAUUAAUAGAUGUGGUACUACUGGCCCUGCUAGGGGUUUGUGCAUUUAUAAUUUAGAUAUUACUUUUCAUAGAGGUUAUAGUAAUUGACCAUCUCAACAGCAGUUAAUGAAUUAGAGUGCCUGUUUCCCACAGUUUUUCAUAAAAUGUGUAAAACAAAACCUUAUAACUUUCCCAACUCAUUAGGUGAAAAAUACUCUCUCAGUGUAGUUUUAAUUGUAUUCCUCUUCUUAUGACUGAGUUUAAGCCUGCUUUGGUCCAUUGAGAAUCUUUUGUAUAGUACUAUUUCUAUAAAUUCUAUUUUAUAAUAACAUUUAAAAUAUUAGUAGAUAUUGCCAAUUGUGUUACACAAAUGGUAAGCAAUAACACAUGAAUAUUCUCUCAUUCUCACCUACACUGGAUGUUAAAUAAUUGGCUGAGAAAUGUAUAUUCUUGAGUUCUUUUCUUUAGCUAAAAAAAUAGACAAUUAUAUAAUGAAAUAAUUUUAAACAAGUCUGAUUUCUAA